UAGUUUCCUUUCUUUAACUGUUUAUUUCUAUUCCUGAAACUAACCAGUUUUACUCUCUUCAGUUGUGUAGCAAACGGUUAUAGUAAAAGGAACUAGCGCGGACCCAAGAGGAGCAUUAUGGGAACGACUGAGAAGCGGAAGCGUCCGAAAGUUACUGUCUCCUGUGAAACUGAAACUCUCAUAACAUAAACACCUGCAAUGGAUCUCAAAGAGCAAACUAUAGCGUCAUUAAAGAAAUACGAAAUUCGCGACGAAUUUUCUUAUCUACCUGCUCUACCUAAAGCGUCAGUGCUCAUUCCUCUGCUGGUGAAAGAUGGACAGCUGCAAGUGUUGUUGAACGUUCGUUCAAUAAAUCUCAAGGUACACGCAGGUGAAGUUUGUUUCCCUGGAGGCAAAUCUGAGUCCAGUGACAGAAAUGAAAUAGACACCGCAUUGAGAGAGGCAGAAGAGGAAAUUGGUCUUCCUCCUAACAGAGUGGAGGUGGUCUGCAAACUCUUCCCCAUCAUAAACAAGAAUGGACUUCUCAUUACUCCAGUGGUUGCGUUCAUUGAGGAAUCGUUCAAAGCCAGUCCAAAUCCACAUGAAGUGAGCGAGGUGUUCACUCUUCCUCUGGAGUUUUUCACUAAAGAGGCAGAUCAUUCCUGCUAUCCGGUGUCAAACGCCUUUGGACCGACACAUAGUUUUUUAUAUACUGAUCCCAGUACAGGUAGUAUCCACCAGAUCUGGGGUCUUACUGCCACUUUGGCCAUAAUAGUUGCUGUGUUUGCUCUCAGAAAGAAACCGGAGUUUGAGAUAGGCUUUAACUUAAAAGAUCCAGUUUCCCAGUUUAAAGACGUCCUUAAUCGGAUAUUAAGCAAGUUAUGAAAUAUACAGCUGAUUCAGUGUUUUUCAUAGGGAAAAAACAUUCACUGGAAUUGCAUAAGAUCAGAGAUUCAAUUAUUUGUUAAAACUGAUGUAAUUAUGAUUUAAAAACAAAAUAUGUUACAGUUCUUUCUCGUAUCCCAGCUAUAAGUAAGCCAACACUAUGGCGUUAUCAAAACAUCCCUCUGUUUGUUUGAGCAUACCAUCCAGUUUGACUGUGCAACAUUGGCUCGACAAGAAAUUACACACUUGAGCUUUUAAGGUUAAUAUCGAUGUAAAUAAAUCGUUUUGAAUUUACAGAGAGUUGUGGCCAGAUCUCAUUUGUCUAUUAUGAUAGGAAUUAUUACACUAAAGGGUUUAUGAGCACUUGCCUUGAGUAACGGUAGCCUGCUGGUACGUGAUAGCUGCGCAGUGAGUAAACCUCACUCUCAUGGCCUUAAAAGACGCUCUAGCAACAGAGUCUAGAGGCCAUGGCUUUUAUAGCCUUCUUGCUAGCGCGUCCGACUCCCAAGCCAGGGAUCGCCGGUUCGAACCUCGCUCAGGGUGGGUUGAGUAGGAGAGUGAAAAAGUAUUCACAAAUGGUAAAUAUCAAGUAUUAAAGCAGGUAUUGAUACUACAGUAAAUCAUUUUCAUUUUUAACAAAUACAUAUGAGAUCGUUAUAGUUAAAGUGAUAAUAAUAGUACAUAGUAAUAAUAAUAAUAAUACACAAUAGUACAUUAAAUGAGUGUAAACAAGGGGAUUACAAAUGGUGAGAAACUAAAUGGUGACUAGUCACAGGACCUAAGAUAUGCACUUUACCUAUGCAUUCAUAUACAUUUUAGGCUAAACUCUCGGUUUAUUAAAAAAAGAAACUCGUUGACAUGUUAUGCGUAUGUGCAACAGUGUAUAUUUGGUUGUACAAAGUGCCCUAGAGUGUAUUCACCUUGUUCGAUCAAUAUUGUGUAUUCCUCAAAUCUCCACCAGGGAUCCUCGUUAUUUAACUUUUGUUAAGAGCUAAUAUGAAUAUGUUGGAGCGAAUUGUUCAUUCUUGACAUGCUCAUUUUAAGCAAAUGUAUUUGCAGUUUUGAUUACGUUUUAUUAUUUGCAUAUAUUUCAAAUGUGAGUAUUUUCUAGAUUAAAGUAAGACGGGGCUAAAGGCUCCAGGGUAAAAGGCACUUUUUAAUGUUCGUUUCUCUGAAAACACUAAACGGCAACAAAAACUAACACAGUGCUUUCCUUAACACCUGUUUGUCAAUAAACACUGCAUAAUAUUCCUUAUAUUAUCAUAAUUUAUCAUAAUGAUUUCAUGAUUUUAUACUAUACAUUGUGUGUAAUGUCUAAAGUUUAUUUUUAGGUAAUUUGAUCUAAUAUUUAAUUUUUUUUAUAAAAAAUUUUAAUGUUGCAAAUUUGUGUAUAUUAGCUAAAGAAAUUCCCUGAAAUUGUCUGGGAAAAUAUUUAUGUAAUUUUCA